GGCCGAGGGGCCCCCGGCGCUCCAGACAGCGUGCCUUCGGAAAGCAGAGAGCUAUCUGGGAGAUUCGUGAAGAUUUACUGAGUUUCCGUUGUGAUGGCUGGAAACCGGGGAACUAUCAAAGGCUCUUACUCCUUCAAUGCUGAAGAGGAUGCUCAGAAACUUCGAAAGGCCAUGAAGGGACUGGGCACGGAUGAAGAUGCCAUUAUUGACAUCGUGCCCAAGAGGGAUUUGGCCCAACGACAGCAGAUUUUAAUAGCCUACAAAUCUUCCAUUGGCCGAGAUUUGAUUGCUGACUUGAAGUCUGAAUUGAGUGGAAAUUUCGAAAAGGCCAUUGUUGGAUUGAUGACCUCCAUCACGCUGUAUGAUGUUCAGGAACUGAAGAAUGCUAUGAAGGGGGCUGGAACUGAUGAAGGCUGCCUCAUAGAAAUUUUGGCUUCUCGUUCAAAUGAUGAAAUCCGACGGAUUAAUGAAACCUACAAACAUCAGUAUGGAACUCGACUUGAGGAGGACAUUGUCUCUGACACUUCUUCAAAGUUUCGGAGAGUUCUGGUGUCUCUGUCAACUGGCAACAGAGAUGAAAGUCACUAUGUUGAUGAGGGUCUUGCCCAGCAAGAUGCCCAGUGUCUGUAUGAAGCUGGGGAGAACAGAUGGGGGACAGAUGAGUCUCAGUUCAUAACUGUCCUCUGUACCAGAAACAGAAACCAUCUACUAAAGGUAUUUGAUGAAUACAAGAGACUUUCUGGUAAGGACAUUACUGAAAGCAUUAAAUCAGAGAUGUCAGGUGACCUUGAAGAUGCUUUAUUAGCAAUAGUAAAAUGCACAAGAAAUAAGAAUGCCUACUUUGCUGAAAGACUGUACAAAUCCAUGAAGGGUCUGGGAACAGAUGACAAUACACUUAUUCGAGUGAUGGUAUCCCGCUGUGAAAUUGACAUGAUAGAUAUCAAGGCCGAGUUCAAGCGGAUGUAUGGAAAAUCUCUCUAUUCCUUCAUUAAGGGAGACACCUCAGGAGACUACAGAAAAGUUCUACUCCUUCUGUGUGGUGGGGAAGACUAACAACCGUAUGGUUCAUGUCUUUUGCUGUUGCCACUUCCUGUAGUUGACCUUUAAGUGGUUUCAGUCUCUUGCAAUAAUGCUUUUAGUUCUUGGAGAAUGCUUUGAUGUAAACAGCAUGUCAGUUUUGCAUUAUGCUUAACUGAGAUUCUGCCUGCUAGAAGAUCUGUUCAAAUAGGCUUUGAAAGAUUAUCUCCCUCCUUGAUAGCAGGAGAGGACUAUUCAAUAUAGGAAAUAUGAUUUUUUAAAAAAAAAAUCUGGUCAGUUUCUUUGGGGCCCUGCCUUCCUAUCUGUGCUGGAGAAAAGUAUCUGGUCACAAGCCAGAAACUUUCCUGUUGCUCCUUUUGACUGUAGAUGAUUGUAGCACAACUUUGCUGUUGCAGAGAUUUCAUGGAGAGCAGGUUGGCUCUAUGAUAUUUUUGAGAUCCUGACUGCUCCAUUUUUUAAAAGUUGUCCUAAGUGCUCUUACUUUCAUACUGGCCAUGCUUCAAAAAUUCAGUGUAAUUAAAUUGCCAGUGAAUAGACAAAUCCUUGAUUUAUGAUGCUGCCAGUCUGCAUGCCCAACGUGUAUGUCUCUUUCUUUUUUGUCCCAAGAAGAAAACUAACCCCACUGGAUAGGAACAAUAAAAUUAUCCCCCCCCCCCUAAACAUUGUGCAAAUAAGUGCCAGAUAAUAAUGUAGAGACAUACCUAGUUCUAUGGUGGGUUGGGACCCUUUCCCAUUUAUGUUUAUGGGCAGGUCUCUGAUACACAAUCUUGUAAUCCAUGUUGAACCCUGUGAUUUUCUUUAAAUAGCAACUGCCUAGUCCUAAUGUUUAUAGGGGAACCCCCACCCUCCUGGAUACUUUAGAAACUAGAGGGCAGGUGCGGGGCUUUCAUUAGGUAUGGAGAUUUUCUCAUUACAGAUACCUGAUACUGUCCUCUUUCCAGGACAUUCUGUAUUUUUCUUUACAGGCUAUUUACAAGAAAUUGGUCAAAUUUCAAAGCCUGUGCAUACAAACAUGCAUAUAUUUACACAUACAUUUGAGCACAAUUUCUGUCACCAUAAUUGAAUGAAUGCAGGUGCAUAUAUUGUCAGUCAGAGUAUGGAAUAUUUGUCAUAUUCAAACAUAUUCUGUAUACAAAUAAUCUGUAUUCCUCUACUACCCUAUUUAUGAUGAUGCCUAUUCAUAAUAUGUAAAGUAAUUUUAUUUGAAUAUGUGCAAAUUCUGACACAUUUGUGCCUUUUCUACAAUAUGGCAGUGGUAGUAUCAAAUUGUUUCUUAGCCUCAGUUUCUUGUUCGUGUGAGAAUGUUGCUUUGGAGUGAACAUACAACUGAAAAAUGGAUUCUGUGUAAUCUAAGACUAGCUCUGUCAGAAUGGGACCUCAAUUUUAAUCUGAACAGGAAAAUUUUCUACCAUAGUGGGAUAUUUGUCAGUAUAAAGCAAUUGUAGAUGUGUGAUGCGUAAUAACAUAUUCAUCUAGUCUAGAAGGUUGACAAAUACAAAUUGACCAUCUACAUUGUAAAAUGGUGCUGUGAUGCUUGCUUUGCAUUCAAUAAACCAAAUAUGUCUCUGCUGG